CCUGGAAAGGCGGCCUGAGCCUGAUACAUUCGUGGGCCCAGCGAUUCAGAUUUAGAAACCGGUCCUGUGCCACACAAAGCGCCACAGCAAUUGCGGUCAUUGCGGCCUUCGCCGUUGAAGAUGGUGGCAGCUUCCAGGCCGAACAACAUCACGAGUCUGAGACCGCGCUGGGCUGACGUGGAAGACAACUCUGAGGAGGAGCCGGAGGCCUUGCUCUGCGCCCUGGAUGAUGCAUCCUACAGGGACGACCCGCUGGCAACGCUCGAGGACUCAAAGUCUGGGCUGAAUGCCACGCUUGCCAAAAGUCGUGUUGGGCCGCAGGACUUUUCCUUCAUGCUGAGCGGGAAGAAUGAGGACCGAAGGUGGAUGCCGAAUGUCAGUGCCGCUGAAUUUAUUCCAUGCAUGCCGCCACCCGUUCGGCCAGCGCACAGGACUCGACCAAGGCGAACACCGGAGAAGGAAAAUCAGGCACCUCGCCAGGACAUCAGCCCAAGAAAGGAGACUGGAUGCGGUCGCAAGCGUCGCCCGCAGAUUCAGAUGCAGGCUAUCUCCAAAAAGUCGAGCAAAGGUGAUCUGGGAGCUUUCCCGCGCGGGCGCUUGCCCGGCCCAUGCUCUGAGACAGGAUCCAGUGUUCAGUCUGAGGCCACCGAGGCCACAGAGCAGGAGUGGGAGCAUCGGCUCGAAAUGCGUGCCAAGGCUGUGGCGCUGAGCAAAGAAACUGCAGAGUAUCAAAGGUGUGAAGAGCUCCGAAACUCUGGCAAAGAUGGGGCACCAGUGACCCCAAACUACACGGAUCGAUCCAUCAGCAAAAGACAGUGGAAGUUUCAGUUGCAGCAAUGGCGUCUUGAGGUUCAGAAAUAUGUUGAAACUCACGCCGAGGUGACCAGAUGAAACAGGAGUGUGCAAAGCUCGUGACUUUGCCAAGCACGCCGUCCUGCAGCAUUGGGGUUUUGGCUGCAGAGGGUGAUUGCGUUUUAAGUGUCAUGCAGCUUGCCCAACGUCGAACA